GGAGAGAUUUAAGAGACGUACCGCGGCACUUCCUGUUUUGGUUCUCCGUCGCUCCGUGUCUGCUUGGGUCGGGUCGAUAUGGAAGAAUUUUCGGGGCGUGGAGACGCCCACAGCCUCUCCGUGAAGACACGCGGUUUCUGUGGACUUUGGUGGACCUUAUAAACCAAACAGAAGCAGCGGGUAGUCGUAACACCUGCCGCGGGGCUUCAGACACCCUCAGCCCGUCUCUGAGUCCCUAAGACAUGGCUCUCAGCUCGGGAGGCUGGGCUCCUCCAGCCCCGGUCUCUUCCUCAUCCCAACCGGCUGCAUGCAGCGGUCCAGGACUUACGGCUUGCUGCAGCACUGUUUUAAUGUCUGUCCGGGUGUCUGUGUGUCAUUCCGGGAUCCGGCCCCUGUGUCUCCCCGGGGCCGGCAGCGAGGCUCUGCGGCUGCAGCUCAGCAUGGACCCGAGCCGGGCCGGAGAGUUCCGACUGGCGCUACGAGACACGAGCGGAAACCGCAGUGUGGUGAGAUGACACACAUACACCUGUGUGCACAGGGCUGAUGGAGGCGGUCAGCGCUCUGCAUGAAUGUGACCAACAUACCGACUGAAUUAUGUGCUUUUAACACGAGUGUGGGCCCGGAAAGGCCAACUUACUGGACCCUCUCAGAGCCGGUGUUAUGACUCAGAAUUACACUAAAUAUUCAUAACAGUCUUUCAUUUAAAAACACCGAGUCACACCUCGUCCUGACAGUCCUCCUAAAAGAGUUCAAAAUGUCCUUUAACAGACAUCAAACAUGCUGUAGUUCAGAUCAGUUGUAGCUUCUUGGUUGACUUACUAACUUUACUCAUCUUAAACUUUCCUAAAUAUGCUUAAGAAAAUUAAAAAACUUCAAUUUUACUCAAAACCUCUGUUUUCACCGCCCUAUGAAAGGGAGUUUUUUUUAGUUUCACUUUCAGUAAAUUCCUCCUGUAAACACCACACUUUCCGGUUCACCAGGAGACAGUCUGACUCUUAACUGUCAGAUCAACCAAAGAGAGAAAAUACAACUUUUUCAUACUUACAACACUGUUACCAUUUUUCUCAGUGUUUUACCCACCGCUUUAAUGAGUUAAAAUCAAUGUGUUUUUAAAAAUAUUAAGUAGUUUUUAUCAGGACUGAGCCUGAUAAAGGGAUCUUAGAAAAAAGGUUUAAAAAAAUAUCUAUCUGAUAUGUUUUUACAGCAACUAAAUUUAGCGGCUAAAAACAUCCAGGAACAGGACGAAAGGGUGUAAAAUCCUAAAAUGCGAUGCUGCCAAAAAAAUAAGAAUGCAUCAAAGCCACUGUUGUCACUAAUAUUUGACAUAUCCAAGGGUGUGAUAGCACGUAAAAAAUCUCCAGCCUCUGAUCAUUUUUUACAUUGAAAAUUAUUUUCUUUUCCCUCACCAAACCAGUGACAUCACCUCUGAAAUCAGCAUGUUAAGGCUUAAAAUCCAUAACAAUAAAAAAAUAAAAUAGUUUCGAUAAGGACUGAGGUUAAUGAAGAGAUUUGACCAAAAAGUUUUUGAAAAAAUAUUUAUUGGAUAUGUUUUUACAGCAGCUAAAGUUAGUGGCUAAAAACGUCCAUGCACAGGACGAAAGGGUGUAAAUUUUGAGCAGUACACAAGAGUUAAAGUCACACAACAACCAAAGCAAAGCAAAGGCUGAGUCGAGGAGUCCUGGUCCAAAAACUGAUAAUUUUACACCCCCACACAGUAUGUCACCUGAGGAAAAAAUUUGACAAUGUGGACUGUGGAUGUGGAUUUUUAAACUAUCUCAAGCUGCAUCCUCUUCACAACAUUCACAGGUGCAUCUCAGCAAAUAAGAAUAAUGUGAAAAAAAUUCCAUAUUUACCAAAAGUUAUUUGAGAAAGUCAACAUUUAAUAUAUUCUAAAUUUAUUACCAAAACAAAGUUAUUUCACCUAUUUUUUUUCUUUUUAAUAAUCAUUGCCUUUGGCUAAAAAAAUCUAAAUGGUUUCUCAUAAUAUGUACUUUAAAGUUUGAGUUCAUUGCUUCAUAUAGUAGAAUAAAUACCACAAUCAUGGGAAAGCCGGCUGCCUGGACAGUUGUAAUAAUAAUAAUAAUGCAUCAGAUUUAUAUAGCACUAUUAUGUCAGUGACCUCAAAGCGCUUUACAUUGGAUACAUCAUUCAUUCACUCACACAGUCACACUUUGGUGGUGGUAAACUACCUUAGUGGUCACAGCUGCCCUGGGGCAGACUGACGGAAACGUGGCUGCCAGUUUGCGCCUACGGCCUCUCCGACCACCACCACGUAACGCUCACAAUCAUACACCAGUGGAGGAAACACACUGGGAGCAAGGUGGGUUAAGUGUCUUGCCCAAGGACACAACGGACAGACUAGGGAUAGGGCAGGUUUCUAACCGCCAACCUUCCAGUUAUUGGCCGACCGCUGUACCUCCUGAGCUACUGCCGCCCCAGUUGUCCAGAAGAUGAUCACUGACUCCCUCCAGAAAGAGAGUAAAUCUCCUUGUCCCAGGCACAGACAGACCUGUCAGCUGGCCUGCGUUUCUGCAGUCUGCGAUGAUUUGAGGUGUUGUGUUGUCUGCUGCUGUUGGUCCACUGUGCUUUAUCAAGUCCAAUGUCAUCACAGCCAUCAACACGGAGAUCUUCGAGCACUUGAUACUUCUGCUGAAAAGCUUGAUGGAUAUUUUACAGUAGCACUUAUCACCUGCUCACAGUGCCUAACAAAUUCUUUGUUGAUCAUGGUUUAUAUUACUGUGCUUGAUAGACCAGUCGACUCACCUGACCUGAACCCAACAGAAUAUGUGAUAUAGCUGUCAAGAAGACUAUUUGAAACACCGGAUCUGAUAAUAUAGACGAGCUGAAGGCCUCUAUCUGAGUAAAACCUCAGCUCUGCCACAGGCUGAUCAACAGACACCAUAACAUGCUGUAAUUAUGCAGUAAUUCCUGGUGAAGGGACCCUAACUAAGUAUUGAGUGUAUAAAUAAACAGACUUUUCAGAAGUUAGAUAAUCCUGCAUUUUAAAACCUUAUUUUUCUUAAUCUAAGGAUAAAUUCUAAUAAUUUGAGAUACUGAAUUUCUGAUUUCUGAAAUGUUUCAUUUGAUGUGUAAUGAAUAUAACAUUUAUUCAAGUGUACUCUUUCAUGAACUUUUGCACAGUAUUCUUCUUCUUGAGAUGCACCUGAAGUUUUCCUGGUGGAGCUUUUUUAGAGAGAUGAAGCUGGUGGUGUCAUGUGUAGUUUUCAUAAUUACACUGAGAUAUUUUUAAGUAACAUGAGGAUAAAAAGUGGAGGGUGUUACAGGGAGUGCUGCACUUUAAAUCCAUACACAGAGGUUAUCAGGUAUAAAUACCUGCAGGAGAUGCCUUUACACCACCUCAGCUGACUUUUAGCUCCCAUAAGGCUUAAUAUUUAUUAAGCAACAGAGUGAAUUUUUCUUAUUGAACUGGACAUCUUAACCAGAGUGAGAUAAACUGCUUUCCUUGGCCUCAAAGUUCGUAUCCAAUAAGACCUGAACUGAUGGAGGCAGGCUGAAUCUAAGCGCUCAAUGUCGAGCUGUAGAGCUGAGUUUGAGAGGGAGGAUAUGAAAACACCAUGGGUGAUAACGCCUUAGAUAAAGAUCUGAGCGCGCUGUGGGCCCCAAGUCCACCUGAAUCCUGUAUCUCUCAGAGAUUAGGCCUCAGUUCUGCCACCGAUGUACUUUACAACUUUAGGAGUUUGUGACAGACAGGAGGUCUACUUAAGUGUAUUUUCUGGGAAGUCCUCCCCUGAUUAACUUGAUCUGUCUUUUUGAAGUUCAAAAAGUAUACAAGGAGAGGUAUCAUGAAACACCGAGUGCAUAAUCUCCUCGAAGCACAAAAGUGUCCUUAAUUUCAUCCUCUCAUCCUGAUCAUCCUCAUCUUUCAAACUCCACACUUCAUGCGUUUCCUAGCUAACUGGUAUGACUUUUAAACCACAUACUGGGAUAUAUAAUAGAUGAAAUAAAGUUCAAGGACUUAUAUUGUCUUUUGAAAAAGUAUCAUUUUAGCGCAAAGUCUGUUCACAGUACUUGAACUUUCGGAGCCAACCUCAAGUGCCCUCUUCUUCUUCUUUUGUACUCCUGCAAUGGCUUCAUUUUCCAUCACCAGGGUUGCCGCCUGGUUUGAAAUCUCGAGCCCCAUUUGAUGUAAUCCCCAGUGACAUCAUUAGAGUAAGUUUCUGUGAGUUGACGAGUCUCCCUCAGAGCUGAAAAACACACCAAAGGACCAUUUUCAUAGGUUGACUGAUACUCUUUGAGACGACUGGCCCUCAUCAGUAUAAUUAACCAAUUCCACCUUUAAAUAUACAUAAACAAUCAGUGACCUACAGCUGAUUUUGGUGAGAGGUGGCAUCUAUGCUGUGUAAUGAGAGGACACUGAGAUCUUUUGAAUGUUUCCUGUCUGAUUGAAUUAUGAACCAGUGUUUUGAUCGGUGUGAAAACCACCAGAACGUGUCUUAGAUCUGAUCCCCUCUCAGCACUCCAUCAUAUAGUUUUCAUUAGGCGAAGAGAAGACCUUGAAAGCCUGAUAUUCAAUUAUCCAUCAAGUGAUUGAUUGAUAGCCAACAAACCAGGCGUGCAAUGAUAGUGACCUUUUCACCUUAUUAGUAAUAAUAGGAUAACAACAGUCUGUAGAGAUAGGGUCCUUCUUCUCUUUGACAAGUCUGAGUCAUUACUGUGGAGAGCCACAUCUGUCCUUACUGGAGACUCGCAUACUCAAUCAUGCCUGAAGCUGACCCGCCAAUGCACUUUGCCUUUUUCACCUCAUCCAAACUUCUCCAAAAAUCUUUCCUUUGUUUGUCGAGUUCACUCUGUGCAGUCUCCCAAAAAACCCGACACGCUCCGAAUCGCCUUUUCAUCUCUGCAGAAUCUCAGUCAGACAGAUUCUCCCCUGACGACGGAGAAGCUUCUUGAUUUGCACGGUUUUCCCUUUGAUCCCAGCUCCUUUUAGCUCGGCUGUCUGGGCUGGCAGACUCUUCGCACACAGUUUUUCUUUUUUUGCAGAGUGUACACACGCACGCACACACACACUGUAAAAAGGCAAAUCCCUCCACAACAGACUGCAGCGCCCUAAUGAUUCUCCCUGUCGCUGCAGUGAAUGUUAAACAGUAGAUUAUGUUUUUAAACUCUGCUCGGCAAAAACUCACUCAUUUCUGCUCUGUCAGAGUGAGAGUUGCACUUUCUCUCUGCAGUAUUUUUGGGGAUUUUUGACUCUUUAAUCAUCUUGCACAUGAAUCACAUUUUGUCCUCGCAUUUUGUUUGUUGUUCUCUCUAAAUGCAAGAUGUAUUUAAUAGUUGGUAUAAUGCAGUACAAAGAGGCAGGUAGCAAUGUGUAUACAAUGACGGUGUUUUUGUAAAUGUCAGAUGUAUCUUUGCCUCAUCUCACUUAAACUAAAGAUAAGAGACUGUAAAGCUGACAUGAUGAGUUAGUACAUUAGGGAGUUUAUCUUCAGUUAAAAAUCUACCAGAUAGAAAACUUUGUUAGUGAAUAGAGUAUCUUUUGGACACUGUAGUCGUCACUUUUCAACUCUUUCUACCACUGGAGAGACUAAAUAUAGCAGUUGGCAAAAUAUUCCGAAAAAGUUGGCUCCAACUAGUCUGAACUCUUCUCAUGAGUUCCUGCCUCUUUACUUUCCUUAAAAAUAUCCUGGCAGAGUAACUUUCCUCCACCCACUGAACUCUUUUAUGUGUGUUACCUUCAGUUCAUUGCAGAGUUUGACCUGCGCCUGGUGCAGUAUGAGGUUAAAUCCUCGCGCUGCCAUGAGAUGCGUCUGGCUACUCCUCCCCACGACUGCAUCCGCUUCAACUUCCGCUGCGACCGAGAGGCCGAGGAGUGGGCCACCGUGGUGAUGUCGUCACUGAGGGAGGCACAUAGAGGUCAGCUCAACCACUGUUGUACUUCUUAUUCCUGACUUGCUUUUUAUAUGACUUAGAGCAGCAGCACAAUCAGCAACACACCUGAUUCAAAUGAUCAGCUCGUUAAGCCAUCCCAGAGCUUGAUAACGAGCUGAUCAUUUGAAUCAGGUGUGUUGGAGCAGGGAAACACCCAAAACAUGCAGGACGGUGGGCCUCGAGGACUGGACUUGAGAACCACUGACUUAGAGACUGAAACGCUGACAUUGAUGCUGACUCUGAUUGUAGGAAAAUUAGAGAAUCUGAAAUACACACAUGUAGAUUUGCAGCAUAAGUUGUCUACUUAGAUAUUCUAUUAAAAUUCAGUGAAAGGGGUGCAGAGAAAGAGGUUUAGUCUGCACUUUUACUUAAUGUCAUAAAGAAUUUAUUGAGUCACAACAUUUCUGCAUACAGAUAGGCUGGUAAACUCAAAUUGAACCUCUUUCUCACAUGUUUCUUCAACCAAUGUGAGCAUGAGCAUCCCGGUGUUUGAAAUGCUGUAUUUUCAUGUGCCAUGACUCUCCUUUCCCCUCACUCCCUUAUCUCUCUCUGUGCUGUACAUCACGCUGUGAAGUUAAAUGAUGCUUCAAAAAAAUCAAGUAUUUCAACUUCUGGUCAGAUGUUUUUUUCUUGCCUUCCGGGAAAGUCAAACAAAGUGAUAUACUCAAAUAAAACCUAAAGACUUCAAGAUUUUAGUUUCACGCAGUCAAGGAUGAUUCAAAGUUAAACAACACGGCAUUUAGACAAAACUUUGAGCUGAAAAAGAGUCAUCAAGGGUGCUGCCCAGAAGAUAUGAAGUCUCCUCCAGGCAGCAAUAGUUGCUAAUCUUUCCAAAACAGGUUUUGUCACAAGCUUAAAGAGGCGUAUCAAGAUAGAUAAAAAGCGUAAGCUGGGAUUAGACCUGAGAGUCUCACGCACAGACACAGUCAAGUGGAGCUGCAAUAAAUACUGUGAUGUGUUUAUGUGUAAUAAAACUUCUUGUAACAAAGUUGCUUGUUUGUCCUCGGACAGUUGCGAAUAUCAACAGAUGUGAAUCAGACGGACGACACAGCAACACAGCAGCAGCUACAGAGCAGUGGAGUUCAGCCUCGCUGCCGCUCACUGGUGGGUUUCACUGUUUACUGUCAUGAGUUUCUUCGCCGUCCCUGAUCAGAACUUGCUCCAAAAAUGUCAGUUCUGAUUGCUGUUUUUUUUUUUGUUGUUGUUGUUUUCAGAGGAGUUAUGCUUAGAGCUCGCCAAGGCGAUUGAAGCAGGGGACACUCAGGCAGCUUCACAGCACGCCGCCGCUCUGGCCCGGCAGAAAGCAGUGCUGACAAUACAACUGUCUGAGAAGAGCUAUGCUGACGGAGGGAUCAGGUGAGAAACAGCUUUGAGGAUUCACUCAGGUGGAGUUUAAAUGAUCUGCUCUCCAGGUUUGGUUGAACUUUUGUUGCUGUAUGUGUUGCAGUUUAUCCGUCGUCGUGGAGGAUGUUUCAUCUUCGUGUUGUGUCACAGUUAAGGUCUUUCCUUACAUGACGGUGGCUGCACUCAAGCAACAGGUCAGAAUAAUGUCAGUUCUUCAACAACUCAAGGUGUGCAGCGAAAGUUUCUCUGCUAACUUCCUUUACUCUUGUCCUCCAGGUGUUCCUCGAGUAUGGUUUCCAUCCUCGCGUGCAGCGCUGGGUCAUCGGUCAGUGCUUGUGCACUGAGCCAAGGUCACUAGCCUCCUACGGGGUGCAGAAAGACGGUGAUACAGCAUACCUUUACCUGAUCUCUGCACGACAAGCCCGCAUUACCCGCCAGCUGUUCCAGCAGGACCUGGAGAGCGCCCUCCUCGCCCCGCCCCUCCCACCAGGCAACGGCCCUACGGCCCAAGACUGGAGGGGGUAUAACACCCUGCCCUCCAGGCUCACCCACAACAAACAGGGUGAGCUCAAAGAACUCAGUCUGUCAUGAAAAACCUUACAACUUAAUUUCCAGUGAAAGAGUUCACGUUAAGUUCAUUUCUCGUGUUUCGUCUGUGAUUUAUUAAUUUCAUUUAUACACAAAGGUCGGAAAAAACUUUCUCCAUUUUCUGACUUUUUUCCGCACUGUUGUAAAAUCUAUAAAACUUGAUUCCAUUCCUCUGGACAUUAUUAAUAACACAUGGAUGUAAACACUUAACCUUGUAGUCACUGAUAAGCUGCAAACUUGACGCGCUUGAGUCCAGGAUAAACACCUGAAAAGUUCUUCCUAAUACCCUAUGGCUGUUAUGGCUCUUAUUAAACGGUCCAUUCACGUCGGAGAAAGCAUAACUUUGUCAUUUAAUUUUUUUUUUUUUUUUUCAGGGAGCACAAGCGGAGGCAACGACAGAGUGGGUGACGUCAAAGAUGUUCUUGACAUUGAGAAUUUGCAGCUGAGUGAUCACACCAACAAAGCCAGUAAAACACAGGUAUGUAAAAAAAAGUGUGCAGUUUGGGAAAAAAAACAGACACAAAAGAGUAGCUUCAAGUCAAAACUUGAGUUAUUGUGAAUUUAAAUUGAGUUUGUGUUUUCAGGAUGAAAUCAUGGAUGAUAUUUCGAUUAUAGUAUUAAAUGUAUUUGUGUUUACUUAUUUUGUAUUUAUUUUAUUUAGCACAGAUUAAAAACAGUGCAAGAAGGGAACAAAGCUGAUAGGCUUAGACAAAGUUCCACUCCCAUCAGGGCAAAGAAGGCAUAAGGUGCAGACGACAAAGUAACUAGGACAUAGACGGGUAAUAAAUGUACAAUGAUUAGAGAAAGGUCAAACAGAUACGAAUUGCCAUAAAAAGACUAAUCAUCAAACAGUGAUAAAGACAAUGUAAAUAUUCAUAAAAAGGAAAGAAACAUGAUCAUAACAAAUAAUAAUGUAUUUAAGACAUGAUCAGAUGAGAUUUAAAUGAUAUUUUAAAGGAGUUGAGGGAUGAUACUGAUUUUAGAGAUGAAUCCAGAUUAUUCCACAGUUUCAGACCUCUAAAAGUGAUGUUAGACUGAUGAGAAGAAGUUCGACAGGAACAUAUCUGAAGAUUUUGUCUUGUAGAGUGCGGGUGAAGGUCGGAUGAAAAGGUAAAAAAGUUUCGGAAAGUUUCAGGAAGGUCUUGUUUGUUAUCGCUGAACUUGUGGACAAACAUACAAGAGUGAAAGACAUUGAGUUUGUCUAUCGGUAAGAUGGAGUAUUUAGAAAAGAGAGGUGCAGAAGGUUCAUGUCUGCUGGAUCGUGAUAUCAUUCUUAAGAAUCUUCUCUGGAUGAAUAAUAUUUUCUUAAGGUAAGUUGGAUACGUUACACACCAUACAAUCUUACAAUAGUUCAUGCAUAGAAAUAGAAAGCUAUGAUUCAAAGACAAAUGAGCAGAGGGAUUGGUCAGGGGACAGACCUUGUUAAUUAUACUGAGGCUCUUCAUUGACCUUUUGCAAACUUGAUUGUUAUGAAUGUUCCACUUAAGACCCUCAUCAAAAAAGUGGUGUGGGGUACUUGAGAGAUUUCAGUACCAUUAAUUGAUAUUUUGGCUUCUUCUUAUGUGUGCUUUAUUGAAGCUCACAGGUCUGGAUGUUUUUGCCUCUUUGUUAGACAAGAGAGUCCUUCUUAACAGCUACAUUUACAACCAGAAUAAUUUCCGUUUUCUGUCUUUAUUUAGAAAAGACAUGUUCAUAUGAAGCUGUUUUCCAGAAAAAAUAAAGUGAAUAUUUCACUGAUGUUCCACUUUACAUGCAGCUGCACACACUGGGAAUGACAUAAGAUAAUGACAUAAAAAAUUAAUAGCUCUACGUUAGAGCAAAAUCUGGAAAAAUACCACGUUCAUGUUCAGAUCAUGUAUCUGGAAAGCUUUGUCUUCUAUGGAGGCAGUGAUUUUGUGCGAACUGGUGACUUACACUGUCCACUUUAUCUCCAGAAGGGGGCAGUAACAUGCCAAAUAUUUUUUACAAAGCCCCAACCACUGAGAGAGAGUGCUGGCAAGAAGACUUCAGUGCCAAUUAGGAGGAAAGGUUGAUCAUAGCUCAAAGACUGAACAGGAUCAUUUAAGGCAUAUGCAUCCUUUCAAAAUAAAAGACCGAAAAGUAUCUUCAUUUCCAGUGUUAGAGAUAAAAAGUACUUCAAAGCAAAGGCAGGAAACAAAAGCAGCAUUUGAACCAUUAGCUUAAGAUGGUGAAAUGAAAGUGAAAAAAGGUCACAAAGAAAUAUAAGCAGAGCCCCAUUUGUGUGCAUGCAUUAUCUUUUCCCGAUUUUGGUCACCAGCAGUAACAGAGUUUUAAUCAUCCCAGGAACAUGACUUUGCGAAUCUUGAGGAAUUUCUUUCAUAUUUUCCUACCUCAACAUGAAAGAAGCUAAAAGGAUGAAGAGAUGAAAAAAAGAAUGUCUGAACUUUGUCUGACUCCCAGGAAAAAGUUUAAAGUUUUAAUAGUUUCGACUCUCAUCCCCGCAGCAGACAGAGUGGGCCUGUCCCUCAUGCACUUUCAUCAACAAGCCGUCUCGUCCCGGCUGUGAAAUCUGCGCUACAGCCAGACCCGACACACACAUCCAUCAGGUACGGCACAGUCCCUCAGUCAAUCAAUACUUGUGUGCUUCUCCUCAUGUCCACUCCCUUCAGUGACAGUCUCUCUACGUCUCAUGUUCUCUCACUAAAGGAGAAAGGGAGGAGGGAGGACCGAGGAGAGUCCGGAUUAAGCAGCAGCUGACUGCACAUCAUUACCGCGUGGUCGCCAUGUCUCAUCUCGCUCACUGACACACACAUGAUCACACGUACACGCACGGAGGAGAUGCUAAAUCUGCCUCUUACAUGUUGACAAAUACUCACAUAAAGCCUGUCAAGUGCACUGAGAGUCCUCUGACAGCUGUCUGGCUGCUGACGACUGGAGCGUUUGAAGCACUGUAGCAUGACGCAGAGCUGCACUGGCCGAGGAUCAGACACCCAACUGCAGACACCGACAGAGAUUUAUAUGGACAUGACCAUGACAUACAUUUGGACUGACCUCUUUGUUAUUUAUUUUACAAGGUGUGUGUGUGUGUGUAUGUGUGCGUGCGUAUGUGUGUGUGAAGUGCACACAAAACGGACGCCUGAUAUUUAUUUUGGGAGGAGACAGACAUGAUGUAAGUUUUUUUCGUCUUUUGAUCGCAGCUGAAAACAAAAAGAGGGACUUUCAGUUUUUAUGCUAACUGUGAAGUAAGAGACGAGGUGAAGCCGUGUGCAAUCUCCUGCUCUGUAUGUCAGUCAUCUGUUGGUGCCAAAAUCGUGUCCAAAGCUGAAAAAGAGACAAUUUUAUCACGUUUACAGGGUGGUCAAGUGCUUUUAUUUUUUUAUAUCAUUGUAUUUAGUGUUUGAUUUCUAACCGGAUGCAUUGGGUAAAUGAUGUCCAUUUUAGCAGGUGAUCUAUUUUACUCAGUUUCUUCUCAGCUGUGACAGCAAUGGAAUGACCUGAUUUCAGUACAUAAUACUGUAAAAACUGCAUAAACUGAAUAAAUAUAAUGGAACUAAAAAA